GUUUUAAAAUGAACAGAAGUAUGAUUAGAGUUGUAGUUUUACUGGUAGUUUGUGGUAUGCCUUAUCUAGCUGAGACCGCUCCACACAAAACCACCACACCUGAAUACUCGUUGAAGAAUUUCUCAUCUCGUCUGGAAGAAGCCAACAUCCAAUUUCUGGCAUUACAUCAACAUAUUGCAGAAAUGGAUAAACUUCUUAAAGAUUUCAUACGGCAUCUGAAACCAACGACGUCUCAAUCUCCCGUUGAAUCCAUUCCGGCAUAUCCGACAGAAGAUGACAGAAAUAUUGUAAAAUGUAGAAAAUAUUUUGAAAAUCAACAACGGAUAUUUGGGAUACAGACAAAAAUAUCAAUGACUCGCUUUGGAAUUAUUCUGAUAUUGGUAACCUUGGCAACAUGUUUCCAACCGACUCUGUCUUUAGUUGAGAGGCUGAAAUCCUUAGAACGGUUGUCACAAGUCAGUUCUGAUUUCUUUCUGAAUAAAGUUAAAGUGGGAGGCUUGAGAGAACGAAUGGAUCGAGAUGCUCAAAUGAGACUCCAGCAAGCAAAUGGGACAACAAAUCGCACGCUGAUCACCAGCAGGGCUUUUGAAAUCCUGCCACAACCUGGAAACGAUUUGAUCAGCAAACAGUCUUCCAACCCGUUUAUAAAUACGGAUCUGGCGUCGAUGUUCAGUCGUCCCAAAAAUGGUGAAAAGAUCCCUCCCCCGCCGAGAAGGAAAACAACCUACAUGCGACCUGAAAUAAGCAAAGACAUCCUUUCCAUUUUUAAUAGACCUGCUCCGAGAAAGAGUGACAAUGAAGAGAGCAUGAAUUCAGGAUUUGGGAUGCCGAGACCCGUAGUGGAGAAGAAGAUUGAACAGACAUCCGUUGCAUCAAAAAUAGCAAAACCAGCAACCUUGGCAGGUCCAUUAUCAAUUUAUAACUUGCCGAUUGUUUCUAGACCGGUGGAUCAAAUCCCAGCUUACGAUAACGAAGUGGAGACAAAGCAGAACAUGCAAUCGCAAACAACUGUAAAUGUUAAAAGCACCGACCCUGCGCCUCCGACAACGGCUAAAGUCGUAUCCAUUGAGAACUUAAUUUCUAAACAAGACGAAUUAUUUGGACUGAUCUUACAAUAUCAUACAGAAGUGAAUAAACUCAUCAAAGAUAUUUUAGCAAAACUUGACGCCAAGGGACCAUGAUGAAACUGGAUAACAUUCAUACGAAAACUUUUCUAUUGUACAUAUUUGUUCUAAUUCAUAUAGCUAUUGAACGAGCUGAAGUUGAAAGUUAAUAUGUUAAUGAAUAUUCAGUAAAUCAAUGAAUAUUUAUAGCAUUGCACUUCAUGUAUUCGCUCAUUUGUUCAUUUAAGGAACCGACAUUUAAAGGAAUACUACGUCUUAGAAUGAACAUAAAAUUUAAGAAUUUUAAACUAAGAGCAUAUUCAUCAGCAGAUAUACCUGGUGUCAUAAAAAACAUAACAGGAUCCUUAUAUAAUCCGAUAAAUCCAAAAAACCAAUUAAUUAUCCACAAAUAUACAAUUAACUAUUGAAAAAUGAUUAAGCGUUUUUCAAUAAUUACUUAGUUUUGUGAAUUUUCCAAUUUUCCAGGGAUUCUGUUGCAACUUUAUGACACCAGGUAAGUCACUGAUGAAUAUAUACGCAUAUUGACUAUUCUUGAGAACUUGUUCACUCUAAGACCGGUAUCACUUUAAGAACUCAAUGGUAGGAAAUAUAAAACUUGGAGACCCAGACCAUCUUCCAUUUUUUGGUGAAUUUUCUGAGAAUUGUUAAAGUAUAUAAGAAAAAUAAAAAGUUUGAAAAUUGUUAUCAAUAGCACUAGUAUCUAUUUAGAAAAAAAAAACAAAAC